AUGUUUAAAAGCGGCAUGAAGGUGGACAGUGAGAGGCUGUCGAGGAAGGUUCGAUUCCGUGUUGCAUCCUCGCACAGUGGGAGGGUGCUGAAGGAGGUGUAUGCCGAUGGAGAGGCUGCCGACUCUCUGGACUCCGAAUAUGCCAGUAGCUCAGAGACUGACCAAACGAGCCGGCUGAGCGAAGUGGACGGGCAGCAGAAUGGACAUGCAGGGUCUGAGUGCGAUGAAAACGAGAACGAGCAGGACGACUUGCUCAUUUUAGUCAGAGCCACUAAAGAGAGGGGGUUUGGUACAAAGCGAGUCAACAUCCUCAGCAAAAAUGGCACAGUCAGGGGAGUCAAGCAUAAAGUCAGUGCUGGUCAAGCCCUCUUUGACAAUUUGGCAAAGGUAUUUCAGCAGGUAUCAACAGUGCUAGAGUUUGGUCGCAUAGUAAUUUAUACUACCAGCCUUCGUGUAGUGAGAACCACUUUUGAAAGAUGUGAACUGGUUAGAAAAAUCUUUCAAAACCACAGAGUUAAAUUUGAAGAAAAAAACAUUGCUCUGAACAGUGAUUAUGGAAAAGAACUAGACGAAAGAUGCAGGAGGGUCUGUGAAGUUCCCUCACUCCCUGUUGUGUUUAUCGAUGGCCAUUAUCUUGGGGGUGCUGAGAAAAUUUUGCUAAUGAAUGAAUCUGGGGAACUGCAAGAUCUCUUAACCAAAAUUGAG